AUCAAAAACAUAACAUCAACAGAGACACCCUCUCUCUCUCUGCGGGGACUCUCAUUUUCAGCCUUCUCAGCUGUGCAAUGGCAUGAAAAGGGUCCUCUACCGACUGAUGAACCCAAGAAUAGGCCUGUUCUUUAUUUAAAGAAAUAUAUGCUAAAUACUGAUUUGUCCCACGUCUUGAUCUAGAUAUCUAGAUUAUCUAGAUCCUAGCUCUAGAAUCUAGGUUUUCAGCUUGGUUGGACCUUUGGUUUGAGGCAGGUCCCUUCCAAAACAGGCGAUUUACUCGACCACUGCAGCUUUCUGAUUUGAGGACAAAUUAUCGAGAAAAAUGGCACCAAGGAAUGCACCUCCCCUUGUCACUGGUGUAUCCCCGAAAGAAGGACCUCCAGGAACAAGAAUAACUAUAAGAGGAGAAAAUUUUGGAGAUGAUCCUCGUGAUCUGAUUGGGCUCAAAAUAUGUGGAAUGGAUUGUCUGCUAUCAGCAGAAUGGAAAUCCUCAAGUAAAAUUAUAGCUCGGACAGGACCUGGCAAAGGGAAAGGAGAUAUAAUUCCGGUGACUCGAAAUGGUGGCAAGGGAAGCUGCACUGUUGGAUUCCGGGGAUAUUUCCUGCAAAUAGGUCCCCUACAAGAGUCUGCGAUCUGGAUUGAUGAGUCUCAAACGGUGAGACCAAAUUUGGACCAUGGUCGUCCUUCAGCAGCAAUUGCUGCAAAGGAAGAAGAAGAUCCUUUAGCCAUCUUGGAUGAGAGCGACAAGCCUAAGUUGACAGAGGAAGAGCUUCUUGAGAUGUUUCCAGAAGCGUCAGGAAACAUGUCUCUUGAGAACUUCUCUCCAGGCUGGUACCUGCUUGAGCAUCAUCAAAAUGGCAGUUUUGAUGACUUGAAAGCAGGCCUAAAUUUCAUGAAAAGAAAAGCCAGUCAACGCUCAGAGGGGCCCAUUACCAUUGUCCGCUCCAAUCUGACAGCCAUUUUGGAUUGCCUGGACAGUCUUUCUGGAAUGUAUGAAAAGUACAAGGAAGAUGACAUUCGAGGAAACUGCAUGAAUUCUUAUGCUGUUUUACUUAUGCAGGCGAAAUCCUGUGCUGAUGGACUGUUUCAAGAAGUUCUGGGCAGGAAAGACAAGGCAGACUCAACAAGAAAUGCCCUCAGUGUUAUCCAAAAGUUCAGAUUUCUCUUUCAUCUACCUUUGAAUAUCCAACGAAACAUUCAAAAGGGAGAUUACAACAUGGUGAUUAACGAUUAUGAAAAAGCAAAGUCACUGUUUGCAGACACAGAAAUUCAAGUUUUCCGAAAAGUUUACAAAGAGGUGGAGCGGAGGAUUGCAAACUUCAGAGACAUGUUGCACAAGAGACUCAGGGACCCUCAUAACACCCUGGAUGAACAGAAAAAACUCAUCAGGUACUUGGUGAGCCUGGAGUAUAAAGGGGACCCAGCUUGGGAAUGUCUGGAUAAUCAGCAGAAAUGGCUGAUAGAGCUACUGGAUGACUGCAAAGAUGAUCGCAUUGAGGAAGAAAAGAACAGUCUUCAAGGAGAAAAUCUGGCAGCGUCUCAAAACAGCUUACAAUGGAAACCAAUUGCACGUGUAUCCAAGUCUCCAACCAAAGGAGGAAUAUCGAGAGAGUCUAGUUUCUCUUCUCUGUCUUCAAAUGAUCAACAAGCUUGGAAGUUUCGCACACCACAGAAAGUUCUGUUUGUGGAGGAUCUCACGGAGCUCAUGCUUCAGAACUUUCCAGACUUUUGGAAACUGGGACAAAGUUACUUCACGAGAGAAAAGUCUGAGAAAGGGGUGAAAAUAGAUACAAGCAAGCAUGGGAAGAUGAAGCAAAUGAUGACAGAAGUAAUUAGCCUGUUUGCCAACUUUGUGCGAGCUGCUUUUCUACCGGAGUCUUUAGAGAAUCUUCCUGAGGCAGAACGAGAAAAGUUUGGUAAAUGGCCGACACCUAGCAAACAGGAGCAUGUAUCUGGGACGUGGCUUCCAGCUUGUGUGAGGAAUAUCAGGAAUUGUGCGAAUUCAUUAUCAGCCUUGGAUUCCCAUGGAGAUACUAUGAUAGUUCUGAAUGAACUGGCUUUCGACAUGAGGACAAAUUGUAUGUUUUCUCUUCUCAAGCAGGCCAUUGCAGAUGUGAAAUCUCUACACGCCAAAGAAACCUGGGUGGUAGAGACUGAUGAUGAGCUUGGCGGAACAACUCAACUGCCGGCUCUGUUUGAGAAUAUUGUGAAUGAGGCUAUUCAACAUCUUCAUGAAGUGGUUGUCAUGACCAGGCCUUCAGAGCCAGAGAUCUUCAGCCAACGUCCCAUUCAAAAGGAAGCGACCACGUUGUGUAGCCAGCUUUUGCAAGCCUUCUCCCAUUGCAUGGAGCAGCUGGUGUUUAGUCCACCAUUGCACAAAACAGAGUCAAAGCAUAGUGUGAAAAUUAUCAUCGGACAAGAUAUGGAACUUGACCAGAUGGAAGAUCCGAUUCCUUCAAUGGACAAGCGUCUGAUCAUCAUGCUGAGCAACUGCAAUCAUACACUGCACAUUGUGGUGCCUCGCAUCAUUGAGAACCUCACGAAGCACGGUUAUGUCGAGAUGGAGAAAGCUUUGAAAGCUGCCCAAGAAACCUACCAAGAGUUAGACCAGCGCCUCUUCUCCAGCUACAUUGAGCAGAAGUCUGACCCAAUCCUGGGUGCCAUGGAGCCCAACAUGUAUCGCGGGGGUUUCAAUUGGAAGACGUGGAAAAACCCUUCUGGUGUGCGGAACUAUCUCAAGGAAAUCAUCAUGAGUGUGAUAGAGGUGCACGCUGAGGUGUACAGUAUUUCCCCCAAGUUUGUGCUGCGCGUCAUGCGGAAGAUUACAGAGUCUGUGUGUGAGGAGAUGUGUCGACUGAUCCAGUGUGUGCCCGACUUCAACGCCAGUGGAGCUAUACAGGCUCGCUUGGAGUUGGAGGCUCUCCGCACCACUGUUCGCAUCUACAGCACGGACCACAUAGAGUCAUGUUUCAAAGAAGCCUUUGAAUGCAUUCCGGAGCUGUCUGAUGAAGGAAAAAGGGUGGUUCGCAAACUGCUGGAGAAUACUCAGUCCAGUAUGAAAAUUCAGUUGAUGUGCUUCCAUGAUGAUGCUUUGCCAGCUCCAGUCAAGUUGAACACCCAUGCUGAUUCCAGCUGCUAGUCUGUACAUGAGAUUGUGUGAAUGGUAUGCUUGCUGUUACAAGAGAAGAAAUGCAACUUUGGGAUUUGUGGGAGAUUGGGGGGAGGGAAUUGGAGAAACAGUAGAUUGAAAUGGAUGAAGUGAAUGGAAAGGGUGAUGCAGUUUGCUGCCAUGUCAAAAGCACCCUGAUCUUUUUCUGAGGCUGUGAGCUUUUUACAUGUUUGGUGGUAAUUGUGCUAUCUCACCAAUGUUAGAUGGCUUACAUGUAUGUUAUCAACUAUGCCAUUGAAUUAAUUUUGGUUGCUUGCCAAGUGAAGGAGCAUGAAUUGAGUGAAUGUCAGCUCUAGUAGCAUUCCCCUUUUAUCUGGAUAAAUUUGCUUUGAUCUUUUGGAUUUUUCUUUCUUGUCCGAGGAGUACAGGUUUUCCAUGACUUAAUGAAGAAAAGAAAAACGAUAGUACAGUGAAAAGGUUAAGCCUGGUUUUGGAAAAAAA